GCUGUCAUCUUUUUACUGGAGAUUUUCCCCACCCGAUACACUUUCACGUAGCGUUAGCAUCCCGCGCAAGACUUCCUUGAUCCUUCCUCUCCCUCGUUGCUCUUCAUCGAGCACCAGCUGGUUCUUCUUCUACUUGUUCCUAAAGCCUUCUAAAACCCUUCAUAAAUUCCCAAUCUAUUUUCUGUCAAAGUCCAUUGCGAUAACCUUGUAGCAACACUCGCAUCAUGAGCCGCUAUGACAGUCGCUCCGGCGACCCCACUUCGUACCGCGACCGCGACCGCGACCGCAGAAGCGAUUCGGGGUUCGGUGGGUCUAUGGGGUUCAGUGGCUCAAUUCGUUCCUCAUCAAGCAGGAAUAAUUAUGAAGGUGCCGAGUCACCAAGGAAGUUGGAUUUGGAUGGAUUGACUCCUUUUGAGAAGAACUUCUAUGUUGAGUCGUCAUCGGUGACAGCAAUGUCAGAAAGGGAGGUUGAUGAGUAUCGACAACAAAGGGAAAUUACAAUUGAAGGCCGUGAUGUUCCAAGGCCUGUCACGAGUUUUCAUGAUGUUGGGUUCCCAGAUUAUGUUAUGCAAGAGAUUACGAGAGCUGGCUUUUUAGAACCUACUGCCAUUCAAGCUCAAGGAUGGCCAAUGGCUCUGAAAGGCCGUGAUCUCAUUGGUAUUGCUGAAACAGGGUCAGGGAAGACACUUGCCUACCUGUUGCCUGCCAUUGUCCAUGUUAAUGCCCAGCCAAUUCUAGCUCCGGGAGAUGGCCCAAUUGUGUUAGUAUUAGCUCCAACCCGUGAACUUGCAGUCCAAAUACAAAAUGAAGCUACAAAAUUUGGUGCAUCAUCAAAGAUUAAAAACACUUGCAUAUAUGGUGGUGUUCCAAAGGGACCUCAAGUACGUGAUCUCCAGAAAGGUGUUGAAAUUGUUAUUGCUACACCAGGGAGGUUGAUAGAUAUGUUGGAAUCACAUCAUACAAACUUGCGAAGGGUUACUUAUCUUGUGUUGGAUGAGGCAGACCGGAUGCUAGACAUGGGAUUUGAGCCUCAAAUCCGAAAACUUGUUUCUCAGAUUCGCCCAGAUCGUCAAACUCUAUACUGGAGUGCUACCUGGCCUAAGGAGGUUGAACAACUUGCUAGACAGUUCCUUUACAACCCAUACAAAGUGAUAAUAGGCUCUUCAGAUUUGAAAGCUAACCAUGCCAUACACCAGCAUGUGGACAUUGUUUCUGAGAAUCAGAAAUAUAACAAAUUGGUAAAGUUGCUGGAGGAUAUAAUGGAUGGCAGUCGGAUACUGAUCUUCAUGGAUACCAAAAAAGGAUGUGAUCAGAUCACUCGACAGCUUCGCAUGGAUGGUUGGCCCGCCCUCUCAAUUCAUGGAGAUAAAAGUCAAGCAGAAAGGGAUUGGGUCCUCUCAGAGUUUAAAGCUGGCAAGAGUCCUAUAAUGACUGCAACAGAUGUUGCAGCUCGUGGUUUAGAUGUGAAGGACGUGAAAUAUGUGAUAAACUAUGACUUUCCGGGUUCCCUCGAGGACUAUGUUCACCGCAUUGGUCGUACAGGAAGGGCUGGGGCAAAAGGAACUGCAUACACUUUCUUCACAGCUGCAAAUGCCAGAUUUGCGAAGGAACUUAUUAGCAUACUGAAGGAGGCUGGUCAGAAGGUCAGUCCUGAAUUGGCAGCAAUGGGGAGUGGUGCACCUCCACCCAUAGGUCAUGGGGGUUUUCGAGAUCGUGUAAGGGGUUAUGGUGGUGGUCGAUCUUGGAGCUAAUUAAUGAAGCUUGGUGCUCUAGUAUUCUUUCGGAGGAACAUGCCAGUGGGGCCUCAGUAUCACCUAUUGAUCUUGGGGACGACGAUUCGAGGAUGGAAAAGGUGGGGGAUCAUCUUUGAUUCGUGCUGCAUGGAUGGUCGUGACUGGAGAUCCGAAUUCUUUCAUCUUCUUUAUAUAUACAUACAUAUUAAUGAAAGAAACAAAGUUGAACAGUUCACCAUUCUCCCAUUGAUUGCUAUGAAUACAAGAUACUUGUAUUUCUUAUGCACAACCAUUUGGUCCAAAUUCUUGCUCAUUUUGGCACCAAUUACUCAUUGUAUAAGCAUAUGCAAUUAUUUCUUGAUUUGUUUCUUAAACUGUCAUAUAU